UGUACAACAGCAAAUUAGCUUUGUUUUACUUAACUUUACUUUUUAUUGGCAUUCGCUGCAGUGGGAAAGCCAUUGAGUUUCGAUGGAUUGAACAGAAACUGGAUCAUUUUCAUUCGGAUUCACGAACUUUUAAAAUGAGAUAUAUGGUAAAGGAAGAUUAUUUUAAACCAAAUGGUACCAUUUUUUUCUUUAUGGGUGGCGAGGGCACAAUAUUAUCACCCACGACAAAUGUUUCAAACAUUAUGUUGACCAAAAGUUAUAUUAACGACUUGGCUCAACGAUAUGGAGGAUAUCUGAUACACAGCGAACAUAGGUACUAUGGAGAAAGCAAGCCGACAAAAUAUCUCAACGUAAAAUCCCUUAAAUAUCUCACAGUCCAACAGGCCAUGGCGGAUGUGGCUGCUUUAAUUCAAUUUUUAAAAGGAAAUACUACUCAUUUCGGUGAGUCAAAAGUGUUUUUGGUGGGAGGAUCAUACUCAGGCUUUAUGGUCCCCUGGUUCGCAAAACUCUAUCCCAACUUGAUUGAUUUAGGCUGGGGUUCCAGUGCCCCGUUUCAAUUUAAAACAGAACUAAGGGCAUUCUAUUCAAAAGCUUUAAAACUUGUUCUACAAGUUGGUGGUAAAAAGUGUCAUCAUCAGAUCGUAGAUGGUUUAAAGUCUCUCAAGUAUGCUUUAAGCAAACAUAACACUUCAAAACUUAUAGAAAUGAAUAUUUGCGGAUUUGACCACACAAAAAAUGAGUACGUUAUUAAUUUGUUUGAAAGACUAACGAAAGUGGUUGGCACUCUAGUGCAAUAUGGAAAUAUUAAAGAGGGUUGUAAGGAUAUAUCAAAAUCCUCAUUUACCCUGUACCUAAAAAAGCAACUAAAUGGGAACUCUACGAAAUGCUACGACUCUGUAUCCAGUUUUAAAUCUUUACGGGACGUUCACUAUACCACGGAUUCAGCCCGUCUUUGGUUGUACCAAUGUUGUGAUGAGCUUGGAAAUUUUCAAACCUCUGAAUAUAUUCCUUUAGAUUUUUGGCUUGAUAUGUGCUUAGACGCGUUUGGAAAUAAGUUUUCGAACUGUUAUAUAGACAGAAGUGUGAAAGACACAGAUCAAAAUUUCGAGGAUAUGGAAAACAGGGACAGUUUCCGGCGAGUCUUUUUAACCCAACCGGAACUGGAUGCUUGGACCUCUACUAAAGUGAGAAAACACAAAAGGACUUAUUUCCUAAAAGGUGCAACUCACUGCGAAGAUCUACAGGCCUCAUCAGAAAAUGAUAAGCCAUCUAUAAAAGCCUUAAAAAGGGACAUUGAUAUUGAAGUGCAAAAAUUACAACAUAAAGCGCACAAACAUUAAAUUCAAAUAUUUAAUAU